AUGCUCAAGAUUCCUGUAGCACCGCCCAGUCCAUUCUCGGUGUCGGGUUCCUCGCUUACCGGGUUGGAAAGUGGCGUUCUGGCCAUGAGUAACAUCUCAACUUCAACAUUACCAUCCUCUCUGGGAACUGGGGUGUUUGCUAACACCCAGAACGAGCUAUCUGGGCUAGACGAUGUCCUCGACUUCUCCUCUCUGGAUUUGGUUUGCCCUAUAAACGCCGAUGAUAUUCAGAACCGUUGGAUUCAGGCAUACAUUCCGAUCCCUGGUCAAACAAUCAAAACCUACCCUGACGGUGUCAGAUCAUACAUAUAUUUGACCCUUAGGUCAUACUCUGCGAUGGCUGUUAGUGGCCGGGGGACCCUGCCCUUCAUCCAUCCCAAGCAGAUGAUCGCGCAGUCAGCCGGGUCACCUCUCACUACCUGCCUGAGCUUGGUGCGAGUAUGCUCGAACCAGCUUCCCGGCAGUGGCCAGGCAGCAAUUAGUGUUCUACGUCGAGAAAUACAGAUUUUGGACCAGGAUCGGGCGAAAUACAGCAGUGACGGCCUGUUUGUGGCCUUCCAGUCCUAUCUAAUAUACUCCAUGGUUUUGUUCUUUGUACUGGGACAAUCAUGCGAUGACGAUUUCCGUGCUAUCAUGACGAGCCUCCAAGAGCUAGCCUGCGCUUCAUCUCGUCAAGGGUUGAUAUGUGCGGCUGACCAACGACGAGCGCGGCCGAAAUGGGAAGAAUGGAUUGUAGCUGAAGCUAAACGUCGAACUCUUUACAUUAUGUAUUUGUUCGAUAGUAUUCUCUCCAGCCAAGAGGGGCUUCCUACAUUCCUUGGCACUGAAUUGCGGGGCUUGCCCGCUCCGGCCAAUAAACUACUGUGGCAGGCAGCAACGCGGUAUGAGUGGGAGAGGGAAUAUAACGUGCAUAUGGUGGACUGGAUGGAAGGAUGUCUAACGAUCGACGAGUUAUGGCCUACACCUGAUGAUAUAGGGGAAGCUGGGGUUGCAAGGCGACGUGCAAGGGUGGAUCAGUGGCUGCAGAACCUUGAUGAAUAUGGGACAAUGCUUUUCGCGAUUAUGAGAUGUACUCACGGCGACUGA